AUGAGGCUCAUCAAGACUCAGAUACUCGACAGUAACACCCGGGACACGAGGGUCAUUCUCGGUCUUGACCUAGAGAAGGCUUUUGAUAAUAUACAUCACUCGUUCAUUCUCGACUCAAUUUCGAACCUAGGCCUGGGCGCGUCCUUCCAUGCUUUCGUUCGAUCUUUCCUCGAGGGACGCAGCGCACUGCUCAAGGUCGGCGACAAAAUGGCACUGAGCAAUAGGGGCACCCCGAAAGGGUCCGUGAUUUCACCGCUAUUGUUCAAUAUCGCCAUGGUUGGUCUAUCGGAGGGUCUGGGCAAGAUUCAAGGCAUCGGACAUACUGUUUACGUGGACGACAUAACGAUCUGGUGUGCUGGAGGCAGCGAUGGGCACACUGAAUCUGCCCUCCAGGAAGCCAUCGACUACACAGAGUCCUUUCUGCAGGACACGGGCCUCAGGUGCUCACCGAGUAAAUCAGAGCUGCUUUUGAAUAGACCCAGCAGGCUGGGACGCAAGCCAAAAGACUGGAAGCCCCUGGCAGAGAGUGACAUCAACCUGCAUACGAAGAGUGGGGACAUAAUCCCUAGGGUCCCGUCGAUCCGCAUCCUCGGUAUGAUCGUGGAGUCGUCGGGCACCAAUAGCCAAACGAUCCUCCGGCUCGCAAAAAACACCAGCACCAUCGGCCUUAUCAGGAGGGUCGCCAACAGACGCAGUGGUCUUGCAGAAGACAACCUGGUCAGGCUUAUCCACGCGUUCUUACUGUGCCUCUUUACCUACGUCGCGGCCAUGCAUGUCUGGAGGAGGGCUGAGCGGGAUAAAUUAAACGCCAUUAUCCGGAGAGGCAUCAAGAGCGCUCUUGGUAUCCCGAACUACACGCAGACGGAAAGACUCCUACAGCUGGGAAUGCACAAUACGCUCGAGGAGAUUGUGGAGGCACAGGAGAGGGCACAGGUCAUCAGACUCUCGGGCACGAAGGCUGGGAGGCGACUCCUGAUGGCCAUGAGUAUCCCGUCGGCCACAGUGGACGACAAUUACCAGGGAUUGCCAAGAAGAUAA